CCUUCAAGGCAAAAUAAAAACUUGUAGGUUAAUUUUUGAGCCAGUCAUUCCGCCUCUCUCAACUGGCUACAAUUCUUAAACGGAAAUGGCAAACAUAAAGGCGGUUACAGACGAAGCGAAUUUUCAGGCCGAACUGUCGGCGGCGGGGGCAAAAUUGGUGGUAGUCGAUUUCACCGCCACUUGGUGCGGCCCUUGCCAGAGAAUGGCUCCGAUAUUCCAGCAGCUGGCGGGUAAAUAUCCUCGGGCAUCUUUUUUAAAAGUAGACGUCGAUCAAUGUCAAGAAACUGCCGCUGCGCAAGGAGUCUCCGCUAUGCCUACAUUCAUUUUUUAUCGCAAUAAGACUAAAAUCGACAGGCUUCAAGGAGCAGAUCCAACAGGUCUGGAAAACAAAAUUCAACAAUAUUAUGGAUCUGAAGAAGGAGAAGAUGCGGAGGGUAUUGCGGGGCAUAUGGACUUGUUUCCCUUCAUUAUGAAAGCACAAUGCGAGUGUCUUAAUGAAAGUGAUGAACACCCUCUCACACAUGCUUUGCAGUCUGGUGGCGGAUUCUUACAAUCCGAUUGCGAUGAACAGUUGAUUAUUUCCAUUACUUUUAAUCAAUCGGUCAAAAUACAUAGUUUAAAGAUCAAAGCGCCUGCCGACAAGGGACCAAAGAUUAUUAGGAUAUUCAUCAACCAGCCUAGAACCUUAGAUUUUGAUUUGGCAGACAGUUAUACAAGUGUCCAGGAUGUUGAACUGACGCCCGAAGACCUCGAAGGCAACCCUGUCAACCUAAAGUAUGUCAAAUUCCAAAACGUGCAGAACGUCCAGUUCUUCAUCAAGGACAACCAGGAGGGCGGAGACGUCACGCAAAUCGACCACCUCGCAAUCGUCGGCUCGCCCAUAACCACCACCAACAUGGGCGACUUUAAGCGGGUGGCGGGGAAAAAAGGAGAGAGCCACUGACCACAAAUAACUAGGGACCUCAUACAGUCGUUUUUUCUAUUUUAAGGUUAAUAAACAAAAUUUACAAAAA